CACUCGUUUGCUACUUGCUUUGCUUCUUGUAGCUGGAAGAAAUUCGAAUCAGUUCAAAUUGGGUGGUUCGCGGGGAAGGUCUGCUGGGAAACGGUUUUUCAAAUAAAAAAUGGAUCCACUUUUGUUAGUGCGUGAGUGUGUAUUAUCUCCAGGAAAUCGAGUGCCUAAGAAUCCCUUCAUCACCAGGCCAUGGCUCCAGGAUAAAGCAGCGGCUGCUACACCCAGUGGCAACAUCGGACUCAAAGGAAUCGUUGCCGGUGGAAUUACAGGAGGAAUAGAAAUUUGCAUAACAUAUCCCACUGAAUAUGUUAAGACACAACUACAGUUGGAUGGCAAAGCAGGUGCCGGAAAACAGUAUGCUGGAAUAUGGGACUGUGUGACAAAAACCGUGAAAAAUCGUGGAUUUUUUGGACUCUAUCGAGGACUCUCAGUCCUUCUCUAUGGCUCUAUUCCCAAAUCAGCGGUUCGUUUCGGUGCUUUCGAAUCUUUUAAACAGCGAAUGGUUGACGCAGACGGAAAGCUUACUCCACAAAAACGACUUUUAGCUGGUCUAGGCGCAGGAGUAUGCGAAGCUAUUUUUGCAGUAACACCCAUGGAAACCGUAAAAGUAAAAUUUAUAAAUGAUCAACGAUCUGCAAAUCCAAGAUUCCGAGGAUUCUUCCAUGGAGUCGGGAUCAUAGUUAAAGAACAUGGAUUUAGGGGAGUAUAUCAAGGUGUCGUACCAACCAUGAUGAAGCAAGGAAGCAAUCAAGCAAUUCGAUUCUUUGUCGUGGAAACCUUAAAGGAUUGGUACACGGGAGGUGAAAGGAACAAAUCAGUACCUAAACCAAUAGUCGGUGUCUUUGGAGCCGUAGCAGGGGCUGCUUCUGUUUUCGGAAACACUCCUAUUGAUGUUGUGAAAACCAGAAUGCAGGGCCUGGAAGCCGCAAAAUACAAAAGCAGUUGGAAUUGUGCUGUUCUGAUUUGGAAGAAUGAGGGACCAUCAGCUUUCUAUAAAGGAACUGUUCCACGACUCGGUCGAGUUUGCCUAGACGUUGCCAUAACUUUCAUGAUUUAUGACUCCUUCAUGGAUCUCUUCAACAAAGUUUGGCCUUGAAAAUCGCCCGCUCCAUGAACUAUUUUCGGCACCAAUCUAUUUUCUAGGGGCUCUAGGCAUUGCAAAAUAGAACUUGCGACAAACAGAAAAAGUGGUGCAAACUGUGUUUGUACUUAGGCUGUUGCGAAGAAACAAAACCAAGGAGAUCAAAUCAAUUUUGAGAAACUUUUAUAAUAAGCGCGAAUGGAGAAAAGUUACUAUUUAUUUUUGUACCUGUUUCUUCUUUUUUUUUUUUUUUUUUUUUGAAUUUUCAAACGGUUUUCAUCUCCUGUUCCCAGAACAAUAUUUUUUCAGUAAAGUCUUUACGGGCAAUUUGCCAUAAUUUCAAGGACAAAUAAUAGCGUGUAAGUAUAUUAUUAUAUUCAUGGUACUCUUGUAUCAUCCUCAUAUAACGAAUAUUAUGUCGAAAAAAGAUUUGAUUCGGCAUUUGAUAUAUCAAAUCUUUAUCGUUAUUUUUUUUUACAAAUACUUACCUUUAUUUAAAGAAUUGAAAAGUGUACAAAAUAUGCUGCGGGUCUUUGAUUCUGAUGAAUUUUGUGUAAUAUUUUAAUAUUUUACGUGAUGCAUUUUUCUUAUUUUGGUAACAUUUGAUGACAUGGUAAAUAUUUAUAUUAAAUUGGUUCAUCAAAAUUAAAGAUAACUACAGCACAAUAUCGUCAAGUAUUCGUUGCCUGGUUUAUCAAGCAAUUAAACUGUUAAUUAAGUGUGCAGUAAUUCAUAGAAAGUAAGUGAUUUCUUCGUGCAAGACUCAUUCCAACGAACAUUCCAUCGCAAUUUUUAGGGUAGAAAUAUUGUAUAAUCUAGUAAUUUACAUCGUAUUAUCACAUUCUUUGUUGAAAAGUACAGAAAAAGUGUGAAAUUUUAUUUUAUUUCAGAUUUUAUACACUACGUGUGAAAUAUAAUCUGGAGUUUUUUCAUUGUUAUCUUCGUUGUUAGUGGUUUGAUUGUAAUUUAUUACUGCAUUUUGAGAAUAUAUCAAUUUGUGUC